UACCCUUUCGGGGUGGAGAAGAUACUAGCGAAGCCACUGGAUGCUGUAUUGUCUUUCCCACUUGCACAACAGAGGGGAUGAGACUGCUCCUCCCUAAGGGACCAUUCUUUUUCCCCGAGGAAGCAAGUUUCCAAGACUUGCAUUCUCACAUAAAGUUGCAUUAUGUUUUCUUCUGUUUCCUGACAGCUCUCCCAUCUUCUUUGGCAGAUUUUGUUACACAUAUAACAAAACACAUGUAUGUGUAUAUGUAUUUCACAGGGUCCUUCUCCCGGGUCGGGCGGUGUUGGGAUACCCCGGAGACCCACGCUCUGGGCAGGCAGGCAGCGUGGGGACUUCGCUCCCCGCCGACAGCCGAGGGGAUGUCUCCCCUUUUGCGGGGCACCGGGCACUCCCACGCGAGCACCAGUCGCUCAGGUCCACUCAAAACCAGGCGAAGCAUGCCCUUGGCGGGGGAGGCGAACAAACGCGCCGACCCUUUCCCUCUCGGGGCUGCCUUUUUUUCCCCCAGCCCGACGGAGCGGCGCCUCGCAGAGGAGCCCCGCGGGACUCAGUGGGGCGGAGGAGCGGAGAGAAACUAAAGGUCAGUUUCUCAUAGAUCACAUCUGCAACUAUUACAGCUUGCUGGAAAAAGACUAUUUUGGCAUUCGAUAUGUUGACCCUGAGAAGCAGAGGCACUGGCUUGAGCCCAACAAGUCCAUCUUCAAGCAAAUGAAAUCUCAUCCACCAUAUACCAUGUGCUUUAGAGUGAAAUUCUACCCACAUGAACCCUUGAAGAUUAAAGAAGAGCUCACCAGAUACCUCUUAUACCUACAAAUAAAAAGGGACAUUUUCCAUGGCCGUUUGCUGUGUUCUUUUUCUGAUGCUGCCUACCUGGGUGCCUGUAUUGUCCAAGCUGAGCUUGGUGAUUAUGAUCCUGAUGAACACCCAGAGAAUUACAUCAGCGACUUUAAGAUUUUUCCCAAGCAGUCACAAAAGCUUGAGAAGAAAAUAGCUGAAAUGCAUAAAAAUGAAUUCAGAGGUCAGAGCCCAGCUGUUUCUGAAUUUAACUUGCUCCUGAAAGCAUAUUCUUUGGAAACUUAUGGUGUUGAUCCUCAUCCUUGCAAGGACUCAACAGGGACGACUACAUUUUUAGGAUUCACAGCUGCAGGAUUUGUAGUUUUCCAGGGGAAUAAAAGAAUUCAUUUGUUAAAAUGGUGUGAUGUCUAUAAACUGAAAUUUGAAGGGAAGACUUUUUAUGUGUUUGGAGCUCAGAAAGAGAAAAAGGCUGUGCUGUCAUUCCAUACCUCUACACCAGCAGCCUGCAAGCAUCUUUGGAAGUGUGGGGUGGAGAACCAGGCUUUUUACAAGUAUGCAAAAUCCAGUCAGAUCAAGACCAUGUCCAGCAGCAAGAUAUUUUUUAAAGGCAGUAGAUUUCGAUAUAGUGGAAAAGUAGCCAAAGAGGUGGUGGAGGCAAGCUCUAAAAUCCAGAGGGAACCUCCUGAAGUUCACAGAACCAGCAUUACCCAGAGUCGCAGCUCUCCCUCCUUGAACAAGCAACUCAUAAUCAACAUGGAACCUCUACAGCCCCUCCUUCCUUCUCCCUGUGAGGAGGAGGAGGUUCCUUUAGAUGAAGGUAUCCAACUGCCAAAGGAAGAUGAGAUUUCAGUACCUGUGACUUCAAGCUCCCCAGUUAAGGACACUGGAGAGAAUGUUGAUCUUGCCAUUGAACAUGAAGAGAAGAUGAAAGAGGAACCUUUAACCAUCUCAGAAUUGGUAUACAAUCCUAGUGCCAGCUUGCUGCCCACCCCUGUUGAUGAUGAGAUUGACAUGCUCUUUGAUACCUGUCCAAGAGCAGAGAAUGAGAAAGAUGAUACAGAUUCAUUUGAAGAACUGGAAGCAGAUGAAAAUGCAUUUUUGAUUGCAGAGGAGGAGGAACUAAAAGAAGCUCGGAGAGCACUUAGGUGGAGCUAUGACUUUCUAAUGGGCAACAUAGAGGUGAAUGCCUUUGUGAAGAGUUUCUCCAGACUUCUGCUUGUAGGCCUUGGACUGCUGUUGUUUGUGUUCCCUCUUCUCCUUGUUCUCUUGGAGUCGGACCUUCAAAUCUCUUUUCUCCAUGAAAUCCGUCAAACACCGGAGUUUCAGCAGUUUCAUAUUGAAUAUUACUGCCCCCUUAGGCAGUGGGUGGCUUGCAAAAUAAACUUCAUUCGUGACAUGCUGGGCAGCUUUUAAUUUUUAAAUAAAUAUGAUACAACUAAGGGCUAUAUUCAAAAUUUCAGUUAGUGCCAGCUUUCCAUAAUGCCCUGGGGCCAUCAGUCAGUAGCUGUCUUCAUAUCCAGUUCAUUACAGACUCUUCAGGUUGUUAAGUUCCCUUUAUGUACUUAAAUUGCCCCUUUAGUUACAGGCUGAUACAGUCACCUUUCAAUAACCAAAAAGAAGCUUUAUUUUAAUUGCAUUUCAGACUUCUUGCUCAUCUAUUACAUCAUAUAAGAUGGGGUCACAAUAAGUUUCAUUGUCCUUAACCUUUCAAUCCAUGACACUAAAUCCAAUGACACUGGAAGAAAAACUUUUUUGAAUAUACUCCUUAGUGCAGCAAUCUCUUCUAACCAAUGCCUAUACAAGCAAUGUUUAUGCUGGGUUUUUGUUUGUGGUUUGGUUUUCAGUUUGUUUGGUUUUUUACAUUUUUAUGUGUUUAAAAUAUUUUGGUAAAUUUUUAGCAAAAGACAACUUCUGAUGUUAUUUAAAUGUACAAAAUGGUAAGAAUAAUGCACAAGGACAUGUAGGGUGUUUUUAGUGUUUUAGCAAUGAUUUGUUUUUAAACUACUGGCUGGAGAAUGAAUGAGUUUAAUAUAGCUCUAUACAGAGGGACUGUGGUUUGGGAAAUACAUAGAAAGUUCACUCAAGUUCAGUAGGGGCUGCCUGGGGGAGGUGAAAGGACACGAAGUAUGCAGAAGAAUUUCUGAAAGACACAGUUGUAAAGCUUGGGGAGGUGAGCAGAACUGAACGUAAUGAUCCUUCCUCUAACCUGUCAGGUUGUCUUAUACUUUAUCAGUGCUGUAGAAAGUCCCUACAAGACAGUCCAAGUACGUUUGGGAAGAGAAUGAGUCUUCAGUCUAAAUGUAGAUUAUUGUACAUAACAUGGAAGAAGAUAAUAGUAAGAAGCAAAAAAAAAAAAAAAAAAAAAGGAAAAAAAAAAAAAGCUAAAACCCUAGCUAAAUCAGUAGGUGAGUGACCUACUUUUAAAAAUGACAGAGAAGAAAAAUCUAUUUCUUUUUAAAAGCAAAGCAUUAGGCUGUACAGUUGACAUAAAAGUAUUCUGCUGACUCACAGUUAAAGGCUUAAACACUUUAAGAGAUGCAUCUUCAUCUUUGAUGCCUGUUAUUAAUAAUCUGUAAGACAACAUAUUUUUUGUGCAUACAAAUAUGCUUCUUUUCACAUGUAGCAGCAUACUUACCCUUUUUCCCUGUUAUUACAAGCCCAGUUACAUGAUCUAAUGCUGUUUCAUGUAACUCGGAUUUAUAUAUCUAAAGUUAUUCCAAUAUAGCUUAGAGAAUAUGCUUAAGUAAAAUCUUGUCUAUGAUGAGAACAUUUGAAGUCCCUCAAAUGUACCACAGAGGUUGUAUUUGAGAGGAGAAAGUUUUUAUUCUUUGCCCUGCCCCAAUCUUAGUGCAGAUGUGUUUUGUAUUUAAACUAGGGAACUCUGAUUUUGGCCUCAGAGUCUUUCUCCUGCUUAGACAUUUAUGAAUUGGAGACAUAUUUGAGGCUGUUUUAUUAGAUGUGCAUUUAACACAUUGUAAACACAUCUCUAAUUCCUACUGAAUAAAUUCGUUUAGUUUCAAUGUCAGAGAAUUGGUUUUGCUUGGUUUUCUCAUGUAAGCCUUUGCAAAUGUCUAGUUUGAAACCAGCAAUUUCCUUAGAGGAUUUCUCCUUCCCUUCUAAUCUUUUCCAGUUUUUAAAGGACAAAACAGUUACAGGGCUUAGGGGUUCCUUUUCUCAGUUGAAAACUUUUGGAUUGCUAUUCAUUUCCCAACCAACAAAGGCUAAAUUAAACAACUACCUUUUUUCUCUUGUCUUUGUUUUUCCUUGCCAAUCUGUUCCUCAGAAGAAUCAUUAUUGAUUAGUUACUUGAUGUGUAUUUCUUCUUGUGCUACUUGCAGCUAAAUGAUCCUUUCCCAGGAGGUUAUAAUCAUUCAGCCUAAUAGAAAUGGAGAGUGAACUGAAGUACACAUUUGGCCUUAACAGGAAAUUAUUCACUUGCAUUGUUUCUGAACAAAGGUGUCAGAAAAGGUGUUUUGAGUGGUGAAGACUGUGAGACCUGGCAUCCUGCUGGACUAUGGAGACAUGGUUCCGUACAGGCUCCUAUAUAAGUCUGAUAAUUAUUUAAAAAAAAAAGUUAGAUCCCAUGCUCUAAAAUGUAGUCUUGUCCCUGUAAAUUACAGCACUCCAGAAGUAGGAGUAGUGUUAUGCUUGAUUUAACUCUAUCGGAAAAUAGCUGAGUUGCAUGAGAACAUAAUCUCAGAAAAUGUGCAGUGCAGUGAGGUUUUAUGUAGGGUUAAAUGCAAGUGUGUGUGUGUGCACAUGUGCCUGCCUUUACUAACCAUGUGCAUAUAUUCAGGCCUGGCCUUUUAAAACUCUUCCCUUCCUUCCUGAUAUUCUCUGGUCUAUCAAAGUAAUUUAACUGAAAGUUGUGAGAGUCCUGUAAUUUAAAGGCCAGGGCCACGUAAUACACACAGAAGGAUAUGGUUGGGCAUAUUCAGAGAGAGUAGCAGUCUAGUAUAUUAUUGGUGAGGAUGACAGACUUGGAUUAUGAAGCAUCUAUAGGUACAAUAUUUUGUAUUUCUGUCUGUGCUUGGAUUAUAUUGUAAAAUGUUAUGUACUUGAAAUCUAUUUUGUGGUUUGUCUAACAUUUAUAAACACAACUCUGGGAAGAAUUAAAAAUGGUUUUAUUUCAUGGAGACUAAGGGGAAAAUAUACCUGUAACUCGAGCCUUAUCUUUGUACAGUGAAUUUCACAUUUCUAUAUGUCAACAUCCUGAUUGUUUUGUAUGUUGAUAUGAUGGCAGGAAUCCCUAAUAAAAAUACACUGGAGAAAA